GCUAGGGAACAGUGAGCAGCCAGUGAAGCAUCCAGCCUGCCGAACAAGCUUGCUUUUAGGGUCAGGAACUGGUCUGACAAGAGAAUGGCAAUCCUGCCUUUAAACUGUCACUAGGACUGUACGGCUGACGAUGAACCUACCAGAGCUCCGGGCUCAAAGGCUGAACACUGAGCAAGAGAAUGUGAAGACAUAUUUCAGGACAUUGUGAGUGCUUCUAAAGAUGUCUGAUAGUGUUGAUAUUGAAGAGAAACCACCAGCCCCCCCCUUGAGAAUGAACAGUAGUUCCCGAGACUCUUCACUCAAUCACGCCACUAAACCUCUUCCAAUGGCUCCUGAAGAGAAAAACAAGAAAGUCCGUCUGCGCUCCAUCUUCCCCGGGGGAGACAAGACAAACAAGAAGAAGGAGAAGGAGCGUCCUGAGAUAUCCCUCCCCUCAGACUUUGAACACACCAUUCAUGUUGGCUUUGAUGCUAUAACAGGAGAAUUCACAGGUAUCCCGGAGCAAUGGGCCCGGCUCCUGCAGACCUCGAACAUCACCAAACUGGAGCAGAAGAAGAACCCGCAGGCCGUGCUGGACGUCCUGAAGUUCUACGACUCCAAAGAGACCGUCAACAACCAGAAGUACAUGAGCUUCACAUCGGGAGACAAGUCGGCACAUGGGUACAUCGCAGCAAACACUCUGAACCGGCUGCUGUCAUCUGGGCCUCCUGUCAGCCUUAGAACCUGCAGCGCAUUAUUUGACAAGGGUGCCAAAACAUCAUCGUCAGAGCCUCCAAUCGCUCCACCUGUGUCAGAAGAAGAGGAUGAGGAAGAAGAGGAAGAGGAGGAAGAAGAGGAAGAAGAGGAAGAUGACGACGAACUGCCCCCGGUCGUCGCACCUCGGCCCGAACACACCAAAUCUAUCUACACGCGCUCCGUCUUGGAGCCCAAGCCCCCGACCCCCGUGAAGGAAGUGGUGACUCCCCCAGAGUCGCUGGUCCAGCCCGACAACAUGUCCAACACGAUGUACCGCCACACUGACCGCCAGAGGAAGAAGUCCAAAAUGACAGAUGAGGAGAUUCUGGAGAGACUCAGGAGUAUUGUGAGCGUGGGGGAUCCCAAAAAGAAGUACACACGCUUCGAGAAAAUAGGACAGGGAGCGUCCGGCACUGUGUACACUGCUAUCGACAUAGCAACUGGCCAAGAGGUGGCCAUCAAGCAGAUGAACCUGCAGCAGCAGCCCAAGAAAGAGCUGAUCAUCAAUGAGAUCCUGGUGAUGAGGGAAAACAAAAACUCCAAUAUAGUGAACUACCUGGACAGUUACCUGGUAGGAGAUGAGCUAUGGGUGGUGAUGGAGUAUUUGGCCGGUGGCUCGCUGACUGAUGUAGUGACUGAGACCUGCAUGGACGAGGGCCAGAUAGCUGCAGUCUGCAGAGAGUGUCUUCAAGCCCUGGAUUUCCUACACUCCAACCAGGUGAUCCACAGAGAUAUAAAAAGUGACAACAUCCUCUUGGGAAUGGACGGAUCCGUCAAGCUUACCGACUUCGGCUUCUGCGCUCAGAUCACUCCGGAGCAGAACAAGCGCAGCACGAUGGUGGGAACGCCCUACUGGAUGGCCCCGGAGGUGGUGACUCGGAAGGCUUAUGGCCCGAAAGUGGAUAUCUGGUCUCUGGGGAUCAUGGCCAUAGAGAUGGUGGAGGGAGAGCCGCCCUACCUGAAUGAGAAUCCACUCAGGGCGCUGUACCUGAUAGCUACCAACGGGACCCCCGAGCUGCAGAACCCAGAGAGGCUCUCCUCGGUGUUCAGAGACUUCCUCAACCGCUGUCUGGAGAUGGAUGUGGACCGCAGAGGCUCUGCCAAGGAGCUGCUCCAGCAUUCCUUCCUCAAGCUGGCGAAGCCUCUGUCCAGCCUGACGCCUCUGAUUGUAGCUGCGAAGGAAGCCAUAAAGAACAGCAGUCGCUAGUGCGUGCCCUCUGUCCCCACCCGAGGCUGGAGCCCUGCCUGGGAUGUGUGCGUUUCAUGGGGGGCAGGGGCUUGGGUGUAUGGGUGGUGGGUGACGUGACAGCACAAGGAUGGGGGGUUUUGUGUGACUUACCGUGACAGCACGAGGACAAAAGACCCCCAGGCCUCAGACGUAGGACGGACAUCUGGCCUUGCAGCUCUCGGGCCCAACGCUGCUGAAAAGACCUUGCCUCCUUGUUUACUUCUCCAGCACUCUGUACAUGUAGAGCAGUCCAUCACAAGUGUGUGUGUGUGUGUGUGUCUGAGUGCGUGUGUGUGUGUGUGUGUGUGUGUGUGUGGGUACCAAUUGUGCACAUCUGUUUAUGUCAUAUGUCUUGUUUGGCAGCACUUGCUCCCGAAACCAAGAUAAUACGGUGAAAAAAUCCAAAAGAACAAGCUCGUUUUCAAGAAGUAACUUCCGGAGCGCAGAGACUGGGAAACUGACACAACCGAAGAGCCCGUGUUAUCUUCGCUGCCCGGCUGUAGGCUUGGUUUUCCUUCCCUCCAUGGAGCACAAUCAGGCCACACUUGCACCUUUUAGUGACCAUCUGAUGUGAGAAAGUGACUCCGGACCCGACCUUUGCCUGCAUGACUACGGCUCUGUGGAGAAACACUGCUCCUCCUCUGCAGAUUGUAACAUCUCGAGGUGGCAUAUUUGUGUGUAUGUGUGUGUGAGUGUGUGUAGGGGUGCAGCUACAGGGGAAUAAGUCAGGUAUAAUUUCACAUGACCUAUGCCAGCUUUAAACAUCCUUCAUUUAUCCCUUUCAUAUCAGUGAAGAGAUACGGGUCCCGUAUUUUAUUUAAGCCAAAUUCUGUUACCUGCCGUUCAUUUCUCUCUAAAACUGGCAACAUAAUGGUUUGCCUGCAUGUAACAUCGAAUUUAAAACAUUUGUGACUCAACUGUAGAUCGCACAGGUACAAAAAUGUAUACACUUGUGCUUUCUUAUCAAUUUCAAGUGUUGUGAUGUAGAUAGAGACACUUGAAGUGUGACAAAUAGGGUUAUCCAUAUAGCUAUUCAGUUUGUGUCACUGUGACAGGCUUUGGGGGAGAUAUUUCAACAUCUAUGUUAAUCGAGCCAUUCUGUGUAUUACAUUUGACAAUUAGCUAUAUAAUAGAAAUCCAAAUACUGGAUCAAAGACUCAAAAGAAAUGAUACAUGUUUUUAUUUUUAAAUAUCUAUAUUAAAGGUGCUUGCAUACAGUGGACCAGUCUUUCUAAUUACAUGUUUUUCUACAACAGUGGCAAACAGAAGGAUGUGUAAUUAUUGACCUACAUUGAGUUGAAGGUCUAAUGCCGCCCAUUCUCACAGUUUCCCACAGUGCCCCACGCAUCCCUGUGACCUUAAACCUUAAACAGGAAGGAUGACGCUUGGCAACAACAUAAAGAUAAUACUCUGAAUAUACGGUAUAUUUAUUCCAACAUUGUUAGUCGGAUCAGCAAACUGCAACAGGUAGAAAAACAUUGAUUAUUGAAUCCAUUAUUUAUAGUGACUUAAAUGUAAAAUGCAGAUUCAAUAAGAUUAUUCUCCCAUUUGGAAAAGUACUGUUUAGUGGUCUUACUAGUAUCCAACAUUACAGAAUACAAUACGCAACUGUGACUAUACAUGAUGAGGUUGAAGGCCUAUCUGUUAAGGUUAAACAUUAAUGUCUAAUGAGGAAACAGGAACCCACUGUCCUCCCGGCCCACCUGCCCCCCCGUCUUCUCAUGUUGGUUUUCAGGCUGCUCACUCAGUGUCCUUUUGUCUUUUAAUGGUGUCUUAUGUGUGUUUCUGUCAUAUGAUCCGUACGUUUUGUAGUGGGCUUUUGGAACGCGUGGCGGAUCAAAGAGGGGGAAUGUUAUCCACUGAGUGAAGGAGGGAGUGGAGUGGAGUGGAUGCCAUUUUAUGAUUGUACCUUAUCCUAAUGAGCGCUGGAAACAGAAACCGAAGAAGAGGUUCAUUUUGUUGCUAACAUUCCUUCCACUCUUGGUUAGCGUUUCAUCUCAUUCCUGUCCAGAGGUUAUCUACAUUGUGUCGGUAUUUGGUAGCUUCGUCAGGCUUUUCCCGUGUAGCAUCCCUCUGUGUGUGAGUGUGUGUGUUAGAGGGGCUACCUCAAUCUGCACUAGAAGAUGCCUCACUCGUGUUGUCCACCUUGACUUUGAGGUGCAGAGUAGCUGCUGAGUCAUAUUGUACCUCCAUUUUACAGCAAGUGAACAGAAGGUGGAGUGAUGUUAGACAGGAGGGUGCAACAGAAUCCAUGCAUGUAAAACAAACUAUACACUGUAUCCCAUCUUCAAAUAGGUUAAGAUUGUUAGGAUAUGUAUGUAUGUAUGUAAAUAUGAUGGGAAAACCCCCCUUUUUUCAGAAUGACGUAACUUUAAAUGACAAUAUUCAGGUUGCUCUAUGGUAUGUAUCGAUAAAUGUUUUGCACCCUGAAAAUCAAAAAAGAGAAAAACGAACACACACUCCGCAAUCCUGGAUCCGGCUCUAUGGGACACACAGUCUUGUCAGUACCACUGCUGAGUGUUAGUACAUGUGUGUGUGUGUGGCUGGACUGACAUGAAGCUCCGCCGGCCCCCGUUUGGCCCCCCCCCCCGCCCCCAUGUACAGGUCUGAACUAUGAGCACAAAGGUGAAUUUUGGGACAAGAGGCACCGCCGACGUGCCCCUCUUCUGUGGUUGCUCCUGUACAUUCCUAUCUUCUGAAUGUGUAAACCUGUACACGUGGUGUGAAAAUUCCUCUAUUAAUGUGUAUCAAGAGAAUGGAACAAAGACAAAAAAUGUUACUUUUUAAAUUAUUAUCAUUAUUAUUAUUACUCUUAUUAUUGUCUAGCUUUGUAAAAACUGCUGAUCCAUCUGGCAUACCUCAGCAGGCCUUUCCCCAUCUUUGAAAAAGGACAAACAAGCGACGGGGAAAUGAGGUUUUGGAUCAACUAUUUUUAAUCGUGGUUGAAGCAAUAGACUUUUUGAACUUUGAAUUGUGCAUGGCUGUGUCUUGAGUGUAAAAAAAACAAACAAAAUAUUGCAGUUUGGGAACUGGACUGAAAUAAAGAGGAAGAAAAACCAGA